GGGGAGGCCCAUUGCUGGCCAGGAGGUGCCCUCGGCUUUCCGGGCCGGCCGGGGCCAGCGCUGUCUCCAGGGCGUGGGUGGCCUUCCCGGACGCCCAGCCCCUCGCGCGCUCUUGCUUUGGGGUGACUGUGAACAGACCUGUGCCGUGGGAAGCCCCUGGCUGGCAGGUGACCUGCGUCUCCACCCAAGGGAGCAGAAUCUGUGGUCACUGCGCGGGGAUCAAGGGUCAUUUGUGGUUGGCAAAGAGUAAGCCCGUCACCCUUCUGAGUGUUUGCGGUUGCAAGACAUUUUAGCUGAGCAGUUUACAAGGAAAUAAAUACAGCCAUUGCGUGAGUUGAAUCGCUGACAAUUACCAUUUGGGCAAAGGAUGCCAGCUGGCGUCCUUUUUUCUUACUAUUUUAAAGGCUGGACUUGAUUUUGCUACAAUUUAAGUAUCGCCUUUGUUUUGCCAUUCUCUGCAGCAGACCAAAGAGUUCAUCAAAUGUACAUUAUUUCACCAUAGAUAAUGAACUUGAAUAUGAGAACUUCUACGCAGAUUUUGGACCACUCAAUCUGGCAAUGCUUUACAGAUAUUGUUGCAAGAUAAAUAAGAAAUUAAAGUCCAUUACAAUGAUAAGGAAGAAAAUUGUUCAUUUUACUGGCCCUGAUCAGAAAAAACAAGCAAAUGCUGCUUUCCUUAUUGGAUGCUACAUGGUUAUAUAUUUGGGGAGAACUCCAGAAGAAGCAUAUUCAAUAUUAAUGCUCGGCGAUACAACCUACAUUCCUUUCAGAGACGCUGCCUAUGGGAGCUGCAAUUUCUUCAUUACCCUUCUGGACUGUUUCCACGCGGUGAAGAAGGCAAUGCAGUAUGGCUUCUUUAAUUUCAACUCAUUCAGACUUGAUGAAUAUGAACACUAUGAAAAAGCAGAAAACGGAGAUUUAAACUGGAUAAUACCAGGCCGAUUCAUUGCCUUCUGUGGACCUUCUUCAAAAACCAGACUUGAAAAUGGUUACUACCAACAUUCUCCUGAGGCUUACAUUCCCUAUUUUAAGAAUCACAACGUUACUACCAUUAUCCGUCUGAAUAAAAGGAUGUAUAAUGCCAAACAAUUUACGAAUGCUGGUUUCGAUCACUAUGAUCUUUUCUUUGCGGAUGGCAGCACCCCUACCGAUGCGAUCAUCAAAGAAUUUCUGGAUAUAUGUGAAAGUGCCGAGGGCGCCAUUGCAGUGCAUUGUAAAGCUGGCCUUGGACGAACGGGCACCCUCAUAGCCUGCUACAUCAUGAAGCAUUACAGGAUGACCGCGGCCGAGGCCAUCGCCUGGAUCAGGAUCUGCAGGCCGGGCUCCGUGAUCGGGCCUCAGCAGCAGUUCCUGGUGACGAAACAGUCAAGCCUCUGGUUGGAAGGAGACUAUUUCCGUCAAAAGCUAAGGGGUCAGGAGAACGGCAAACACAGAGCAGCCGUCUCAAAGCUCCUCUUGGCCGUGGACGACAUUUCACUCCAUGGGCCCAGGCAUCACGACAAGCAAGAACCUGAGCUGUACAGCGAUGACGACGAAAGCUACGGCGUGACGCAAGGAGAUAGACUCCGGGCCCUGAAAAGCAGAAGACAGUCAAAAACUAGCGCGGUGCCCCUCACAGUAAUUCUUCAGUCCAGUGUUCAGAGCUGUAACACAUCUGAACCUAGCAUUUCUGGCAGUGCAGGCAUUGCUAAGAGAACGACCAGAUCUGCUUCAAGGAAAAGCAGUUUUAAAAGCCUGGUUCCUCAGAGGGAAAGAAGGAAAAGGAGUGCUUUGCAGCAAAUGCCCCUAAUGGCAUUAUGGUACUCUCAUUGCUCCGCUGCCUCUGCCUCUGCCCCACCCCCUCUUAUUGUGUUUUUAUUGUUUUGUUUUUCUUUUUAUUUUUUGCAGAACUGAACCUUUUUCUGCUUUGCCUUUCUCUCCUGUUUGUCUUUAUGGUUGGUAUUGUACUGUCUUCCAAAGUAUUUGUCAUUAAAGAAUUACACAAAGUGUGUACUUUUUAGCAUGUCAGUAUUUUUUAUUACGUGGCCUUCCUUGUCUUUAAUAACUGCCUGUGCGACACUUGAGAACCUUCAUGGUAAAGUCCUUUUCUCUCUCCCGUAGUCCCCCCAUUUCGAGGACUAAGACAGUGUUGCGUUAAGUAGAAACCUGUGACCAGAACUGAAGGAAGACUGGGAACAGAACCACAUCAGGACUUAGCACAAUUUAUUUGGAAACUAAACAAAAUUGCAAAAGCCUUAGCUGCUUUCCACCUAAGAAGCUGGUUCAGUGAAGAAACUGCCCCCUGGAGUUUAAAUCGCUGCCCGGGCUUGGGAACAAGUGGGACUGGAGGACGGUCGGCUCGCCGUUCGUUCGUAGCCGCGCCCACGUCGAGCAGCUGCUGCACACGUCGUCUCAGGUGUAAGCGCCAGGGCCGCGCGGCGGGAGCUGGCGCUGGUGCGUGUGUCCCUGUGGUGGCAGCGCUCGCUGCUGGCCUCGGAGGACAGGUCUGCCGGAGGCCUUUCGCCUGUUUAUUUUCUGUUCGCCCUGUGCCCGAAUGUACAGAGAUGGAGCAGGCCUUGCUGAAACGGUCCUCGAUGAUGGAUUCUGUUUGGUGUCAUCCUCUUCACCCUAAUGCUUGUGACACUGUAACGUGGCCUGGUAAGCCCCGAGCUGCUCGCGUUCCACCAGAGUGCUUUAUCCCGGGGGCCGUGUGAGCUCUGCGUGCGGACACGUGGGCGCCGUGACCUCGCACCUGCAGGCGCCUGGGCAGCAGCCACAGACUCGGGAGGGGAAGCUGGCCUCGGCCGGCGGACGUGGAGUCAUGCCUUUGGUGUUAUUUGGGGAAGGAAGAAUUCCAAGGCUGCCCACUAUUUGGUUGCCGAGUCAUACAAAUUAAAACCGUAUUUCCUUCAGAGCAUGAAAAACCCACACUUCUCCUUGGAAACAGUGAUCCCACAUACUGGGCGCUUAAAGAAGCUGACUGUUUUAUUAGGGCCUUUCUCUGUAGCAUGAUGGAUUUCAGCGACAGUAUUCACAUCUGGAUUUCAGUUUGUACUAAGACCCUCACUGUGGCCUUCGGUUAGGGAAUCAGCUCUGCAGAGUGCCUUCUCUCCUCCCCCCUGCAGCAGCGCAGCGGAGUCUGAUGCAAAGCAAUCACACACAAAAAAGUUUAUUUGCUGCUAAAAUAUAAAUAUGGCCCAAAAUAAGAGAAUAUUUUUCAAAAUAUUUUGAAGUGAAUGGUUUUAGUUCCUGUUAGCCAAUGUCGGCCUCUCCUGGUGUGGGGGGUGGGGAUACAGUCCUGAAAGGGAAUGCCUUCACCUUGCGAGAUGAAUGAGUCAGGUCAGUAGGCAGUUCCAUUUUUGAAGCUGCCUUUUAAACAGAAGGAUGAGGACUAAGAAGUAGUUGGUAGAAAUAAAGUCUGUGAAUGCACAAGUAGCCGGAGGCCUUGCUCCAUUUGGUAUUUCCUCUCAGAGUAAUUGGGGGGGUCGACUGGCUUUGAGGGGACAUGGGAGAUGCCGUUGUUUUGGCCAAACAAGCAGUUCUUCCCCAUCAGGCGCUGCGGGGGCUGCCCACGCCUGCAUUUACACACCAGGGGACUAGAUCUCAGAAAAAUGGAGGGGUUUUGCCCCUGGAAGUUCAUAGACAGACUCCCCUGGUGGGAGACGGCUUCCCAGUGAGCUCUGGGUGGGAGAAGCAGUGUUCCACUGCUGCCUGGUGCUGGGAGACAAUGCUAGGUUUCAGCCCGCCCAGCAGAAGCACUGCAUUCUCAGGGCAGCUCUUCGUCCCUUCAUACUUUUAAAGGCCGCCUCCUGCAUAAUCGUCCAGGCAGUUGUGAAAAUCAAAUUCCCAGCUGAACCGUGCCUGGCUUGGCUUUUCAUUACUUCAGAACAAGUCAGUGUGCUGCCUCCUCAGAGAGGAAGCCAUUUGGUGUC